AUGCGUGGACUUUCUGGUUAUCACAUCAUGAUAGUCUCGAAGUACUUCGACGACUUUAGAGACUUUAUUAACUUGGAGUUGGUAUGCAAGAAAUUUAGAGGGAAUAUGGAGAAGUUUCACUUCAACCCGAUUUCGUUAAAUUCCAAAACACUUGGAUACUUCCCAAACAUUGAGACACUUCAUUUGUGGGAUGAAGAAGAUGAGAAUUUCGGCAAUGGAUUUAUGAUGAACACAAAAGAAAAAGUAGAGUGUGAAAAGAAAGGUGUUUUAAAAAGAGAAUUCUUUCAAAUCAUUGUGUGGUUCAAUGUUGACUUUGAAACUGUUGACAGAAACAAAAGUCGAGACAUUGAGUUUAAAAAUGUUACUUACACUAAAAAUGAUAGAAAGAAAUUUGGUAAUGACAUACCAUCAAGUGUUACAUCUAUUGGUAACGAUUGUUUCAGUUAUUGCAGUAAUUUGACAAGUGUUUUAAUACCAUCAAGUGUGACAUCAAUUGCUUCAUGGUGUUUCAAUGGAUGCAGUAAUUUGAGCAGUAUUACAAUACCAUCAAGUGUAAAAUCAAUUGGUUAUUAUUGUUUCAAUGGAUGCAUUAGUUUGAGUAGUGUUACAAUACCAACAAGUGUGACAUCAAUUAGUGAUUUUUGUUUCGGUGAAUGCAAUAGUCUAAGUAGUGUUACAAUACCACCAAGUAUUACAUCAAUAAAUAAAAGUUGUUUCAGUGGAUGCAGUAGUUUAAGCAGUAUUACUAUACCAUCAAGUGUGACAUCAAUUGGUGAUCGUUGUUUCUCUGAAUGCUAUAGUUUGACAAGUGUUACAAUACCACCAAGUGUUAUAUCAAUUGGUUAUUGUUGUUUCAAUGGGUGCAAAAAAUUUAAGUAG